AUGAACAUACAAGGACUACCAUGCUCGUUUGGUGCAAACUUGGGGAAUCAAACACUUUCAGAACGUACAGUAGUCAAUGGAUUUCAUGAAUUUCAACGGGCCAAUUUCAAUGUUGAAGAUGCUGCUCCUUCAGGUCGUCCUCGAACUGCUGUCAGCCAACAAACAAUUGAUACUGUUCAAGCAAUAGUAAAAAAUGAUCCUCAUUCAACUUAUGAGCAGAUGCAGAUAGAAGACAUGUUGGGCAUUGGCUCUUCAGCGGUCUAUUCGAUUCUUCAUGACUAUUUGAAGCGACGCAAAAUUUGUGCUCGAUGGGUACCUCCUCAUCAACUGACCGAUGAUCAAAAGCAGCUGCGUAUUCAAUUUUUUCACCAGUCACUCAAACGUUUAGAAGAGGGUCGAUCUCAUCGUGUAUUUGACAUUAUUACUGGUGAUGAAUCAUGUUUCUACCAUUGUUCUCGGGCAACGAAACAGUAG